GAGAUGCCUUUGAUGAUUUUGGAGACGAGCUGCAGCCUGAUUGGCUGGUUCUUUCUGUAUGUGCUGCUGUGUCACUUGAACAGUGCGAGAGAUUGUGAGUGGAACUGCAGGCUGGUAACUCUGCUCCACGGCAUCCUGAUCGUCUGUGUGACUGCCUACAUCGGCUUCAUUGCUGGGCCAUGGCCUUUCACACACCCAGGCACUGAAAACACAUCUCUCCAGAUCCUGGCUCUUGUGCUCAGCUUAGGAUACUUCCUCUUUGACAUGGCUUGGUGUGUGUCUUUCCGCACUGAGGGUCCGGUGAUGCUGACCCACCACACCAUGAGCAUCCUUGGAAUCGUGCUGGCACUAGGGCUGGGCGAGUCGGGCAUCGAGACCUGUGCUGUCCUGUUUGGCAGUGAGAUCACCAACCCGCUCCUGCAGGCCCGCUGGUUCCUCAAGCGCGUGGGCCGCUAUGAGAGUCUAGCAGGAGAUGUGGUGGACCUGCUCUUCAUUCUUCUGUUUGCCUCUGUGAGGAUUGGUGUUGGGAGCCGAAUGCUGUAUUGUGAAUUAACCUCUCUGAAGCCAUUGCUUAUAGUGAAAGUUGGUGGAGUGGCUAUUUACACUCUCUCCUGGAUCUUCAUGAUAGACAUUGCACGUUUUGCCUGCAAGAAAACACGUGCCAAAUACCGGCGAUGGAAGGAACAGUACAAGCUGGAUGAUGCUAAUGGACAUGCUGUCAAAGUCAAAUAGACCUUUCUGUGCUUUAGGACUGGGGAAAUGGCAUUUUUGCUGAUAUAGCUAAAAAUAUUUUGUUAAUUAAACAGGGUUCCAUUUUACUGGAUAUUUAAAAAACGCACAAAAGGUGACAUAUCUAAAACAUACCUAGAAAAAUGUAAAUCCAGUAUAGCUAUUCCUAUCAUUUCUGACUUACUCAAAUUUGAUUAAUUAGUCUGCAAAGUGUCCAUGUCAUAUAAAGAUUUUUCUUAAUUUUC